CACUUCAAGUUUGGUACGUGGCAUAUUUCAUUGAAUAUACAUAGUUAUGUUCGGCAUUACGUUAGCAAUGAAUUCAUUGCAAGUAGAUAUUUAUACAGAAUUUAGUGUAUAAAAUCUUUUUCAAACAAAAUGGAUUACUUAAUUCCGUCAUAUUAACUUCAAUUACGUUCAGCUUUUUUUUAUAUAAUAACACCUGUCCGCAACAUUAAAAUUUUAUUAGCCGUCAGGCUUGAGUUUGGUAUUUCCAUUAUCUUUGACAUUUGUGAUUGCAUUUAACUUGUUAAGAUAUUAUCUUAGGAAACUGUACUUUGACCUAAGAAACUAAUUAUGAAUUGAAACUAAUUCAGUCGGAAUUGUUAGAUUAUUUUAUUGAAAAAUACUUUAAUUAGUAUACCGAAAAAUAUGGGUAACAGAUCGAGUCUUCUUUUACGUGAGGAAGAAAUAGCGCAAAUCCAAGAAGCCACUGGAUUUACACCAAACCAAAUUGAACGCUUGUACAGUCGUUUCACAAGUCUUGAUAGGGGUGAUUGUGGAACGCUUAGCAGAGAAGAUUUCCUUAGGAUUCCAGAACUAGCAAUAAAUCCUCUUGGUGAUAGAAUUGUAAAUGCUUUCUUUGAAGAAAGUGGUAACGAUAGGGUGAAUUUCUUACAAUUUAUGCAAGUGCUGGCUCACUUCAGGCCCAUUAAGAAGAAUAGCCCUAACAGACUAAACUCUAGACAAGAGAAACUGAAAUUUGCUUUCAAAAUGUAUGAUUUGGAUAAUGAUGAUUUAAUUUCAAAGGAUGAACUCUUAGCUAUUUUACACAUGAUGGUUGGUGCAAAUAUUAGCGAAGAACAGUUAACUAGCAUUGCAGAGAGAACUAUAGUUGAGGCUGAUGAAAAUGGUGAUGGAAUGAUUUCAUUUGAGGAAUUUUGUAAAGCAUUAGAAAGGACAGAUGUGGAGCAAAAAAUGUCCAUACGAUUCCUUAGUUAAUUUAUUUUAUUUUAUCUUCUUUUAUAAAUGCACAAUUUGCUGAUGUAUUGGACACGUAUAAAGAUUUAUCAUAAUUAAUAAUAAUGAAUAUAACAAUUUUUUUUCUUACAUCUCUUCGUUUAUUUUACAUUGGAAGAAAGUUGAAUAAUGUUUAGUAUUUAAUGGUACAAUGAAAAGAAAAAUAUAGAAAAUUCCAUUUCCUUUAAAACUAUUAUUAAAACAGUUAAUAAUUUUAAUUAAUAAAAAAUAGUACAGUUAUACAAUUUCACUACGAUGACAGAUUUUGGUAAUUUACAAUAUCUAUUAUUCAUUUUAUUAUUUAUUGUUUACAAUCUUCUAGAGAAAAAAUGAAGCUGACCAUUUAUAAUAAAAAGUACUAUUGAAAAAUAAGUUACGACAUUAAUGACACGUUAAAAAAUUACAACAUGAAUGUAAAAUAUGUCUUACAUUAAUACUUAUUUGUACAUGAAUUAUACCUUGAUUUUGGAAAAAAAUAUUGAAGAGUUACAUUUAAUUAGUCAUAUAUUUUCAUUACAAUGGAAAUCCAUACUGUAUCUAUUUUAUUUUUCUUAAUAGAUUGCAAUUAUAAGUGCCUCAUCUGAGACAUGCCUAUGUCUGAGACAUUAAAUUCUGCAUGUGCAAAACGAUGAGGGGACAUAAUUAUAAAAUAUUUUUUGUAUUGCUGCAAUUUAAGCUGUGGAUGAUACAGCCAAUUUUUUUAAAUGCUCCAUGAAUACUUGUAGACUGACAUCGUCAGUUAAAACAGGCGCUCCACUUUCCUAAAUUGUAAUAAUAAUUAAUUAGAAGUUAUAAUUGUUGAAAUAAAGAAAAACUAAUGUUUUAUUCCCAAACCAUACGAUAGAAAAAAGAAAAGGAAAAAAAUUAGAGUUAGUUAAUAAUUCAUAAAAAUAUAUUUUGAAAAAAAAAGAUGUCUCGAUGCCAACCACCAGUGAAUUGUGACAAUACUGCUACGAAAAAUAAUUAUGUAGAAUGCUUGCUUUAUAAGAGUGUGAAAUAAAAACGACCCAUAUUAAUGUUCCUGUGAACUUUCGGAAUAACAGUUAAUACAUGUUAGUUAUUUUAUUAUUGUUAAAAAAUGUGAUAAAGAGAAAAUAAAUAUUUUAUUGUAUAGGUAGA